AUGGAGAACGUCAUGGAGAGCCCACCCAUCAGGUUUUCUAGCUGCAGAGGAAUCUCCUUCGAGAUCAAGCCUCACGGCGAUCCUUUUGCCAUCCCCAAAUCCGCAAAAGAAGAUGAGCCGAAUUUCAGGCCCUUGUCCAUUUCGUAUUGGAAUAUGCUCCAACGCUCCUUCAGCAAGGCCAGCAGCAGCAGCCACUUCUGCGACCUCGACCUCGAUAUCCACGACCCAAGCUAUUACGUCGUGGAUGAAGAGCUCGUCGAUGUCGUCGUCACUGAUCGAAAGCUGCCGAGGAAAAGCAAGAAACCGUCGCGGCUUUCGGUCAUACUGCUGGACCAAGGGCUGUUCACGGUUUACAAGAUGCUAUUCAUGUUUUGCUUUGCGCUAAACGUCGUCGGAUUGGUCCUGGCUGCGACGGGUCAUUUCCCUUGCGCGAGGAACAGAGCAGCUCUGUUUUCGAUCGCGAACAUUUUCUUUCUCACGCUCUGUCGGAGCGAGGCCCUUCUGCGGGCCGUUUUUUGGGCCGCGGUGAAGAUACUGGGCCGCUCGUGGGUCCCGAUCCGUAUCAAGACGGCCGCCACGUCACUCCUGCAAAGCCUUGGUGGGAUCCACAGCGGGUGCGGGGUAUCUUCCGUUGCGUGGCUAAUUUACAGUUUGGUCCUCACUCUUAACGACUGGCCGCAUACAUCCUUCGAGAUCGUGGCCGUGGCCUCUGCGAUCCUUUCGUUCAUCUCUUUCUCUUGCCUCGCUGCGUUCCCUGUCCUUAGACAUUUAUAUCACAACGUCUUCGAGAGGAUCCACAGAUUUGCUGGGUGGGCCGCCCUGGGGCUUCUUUGGGCUUUCGUGAUUCUAACAACCUCGCACGAUUCGAAAACGGCGUCGUAUAAUUUCCAAGACGGCAUAGCAUUGAAGCUGGUCAAAUCACAAGAAUUUUGGUUCACAGUCGCCAUCACCGUGCUAAUUAUACUCCCCUGGCUAACGGUGCGAAAAGUGGCGGUCAAUUUGUCGUCUCCGUCGGACCACGCCUCUAUAGUCAGAUUCGCCGGAGGGGUUAAACCGGGGAUUCUGGGUCGAAUCAGCCCGUCCCCGUUGUCCGAGUGGCAUGCAUUUGGGAUCAUUUCAGAUGGAAAGACCGAGCACAUGAUGCUCUGUGGCGCGGUGGGUGACUUCACCAAGUCGCUGGUCUCGAAGCCGCCGAGCCACUUGUGGGUUCGAGGGGUGCACUUCGCUGGGCUGCCGUAUUUGGUGAACAUGUACGAUCGCGUUCUUUUGGUGGCGACUGGGUCGGGGAUCUGUGUGUUUUUGUCCUUCUUGUUGCAACCAUGCAGGGCGGAUGUUCGUGUGCUAUGGGUGGCCAAGGGAAUUGAACACAACUUUGGGCAAGAGAUUAAGGACAUGGCGACUCGGUAUCCCAAGGAGAAGAUGAUUAUACAUGACACUGCUUCGAUGGGACGCCCAAAUGUGUCCAAGAUGAGCGUGGAGGCAGCCAAGAAGUGGGGGGUUGAGGUAGUGAUUGUUACCAGCAAUCCAGAGGGGAGUAGGGACGUUGUUAAUGCUUGCAAAGGUGUUGGGAUCCCUGCCUUCGGGCCUGUUUGGGAUUCUUAA